ACCUUCGAACAUACCCGUCUUGCCAAGCCAUACGAAGGUUCUAAACCGUACGAUCGCCAUCAUGUUCAAAAAGCCUAGCGACGUUCGCGGACAGCAGCGUCUGUCAGGAGCGGACAGAAAGAAGCUUCGGCGAAACAUCCGAGACAAGUUUCCAGGCGCCACUGACGAACAGCUGGACGCGAUCCUGCCGCCCAAGGCUGCCGUGGCGGUGACGAGGCUGGUGAAUCGCGUGCUGGUGUACGGAAUAGUGCAUGGGCUGCCCAUGCUCUUCGACUGCGAUGGCCGCGGCACCGAAAUAUAUCCCACUGUGUUUGCGCUCUGGCUUGUUCCUGACCUGCUGCCGUCCUUCCUGCUCAAGGGUGGGGAGGUCUCCCGCUAUGUGUUGUCAGGGGCUGACCUCAUGGCGCCGGGCGUGCAG